UCUGAAGAAGCUGAUCUUUCCCAGCGUUAGACGGUGCGGAAGAAGAGAGGGAGCCAAAAGGUACGUGAAAUGAAUGAGUCCUGCUGGGAGAAAUCUCAAGGCGCUGCUUGUGUUCUCCACCAUCUGGACUUGCUGUCAACAGAAGAAGGUUGGAGACUUCAUCUACUGUGAGUCAACCCAAGCAGAAGGACAUCAAACUGGUAUGUCAGAAGCACAGUGGGAAUCUGCCCUGCGCACAAGCGAUUACACUCAACGCAGAACUAUAAAAACGGUUGCUAUUGACAGGGCAUCAAAAUGUUCAAGGGGAACCGAGAGAACUAAAAGAAUUGAUCCCCACAAACCUUGAGCGAGAUCUCAAUUGGAAGGAGACGCCAACACUGGUUUGACUGCCGAGGUGUUUUUGAUCAACAGGGGUGAUAUUUGGACAAUACGAAUACCUACAUAGGACGGCUGACUGCGGCUCAGUAUGACCUCCUUCGCCAGUCUACAGUCAGACGUCAAUAUCACCAACUUCACCCUGCAGAGUGCCUUAGAGGUGAAGCCUAAUGAGACCACCAUCAUUCAUAUAGAGGUCCAUAAGGGGGUCUUCUUGUUCCUGUGCCUGCUCAGCCUUCUGGAGAACAUCUUGGUAGUCGUGGCUAUUGCAAAAAACCACAACCUCCAUUCUCCUAUGUACUAUUUUAUCUGCUGCCUGGCUGCGUCCGACAUGUUAGUCAGUAUCAGCAACCUUAUAGAAACUCUCAUCCUGAUCCUUCUCCGCCAUGCCGUCAUCGAGUAUAAUGAACCCAUGGUCAAAAUGAUGGAUAACGUUGUCGACACAAUGAUUCUCUGCUCCUUGGUGACGUCGCUCUCGUUCCUGGGGGCUAUCGCGGUGGACCGCUACGUCACAAUCUUCUACGCUUUGAGAUACCAUAGCAUUAUAACCCAAUGUAGGGUGGUCAGCGCCAUCACUGGGAUCUGGGUGGCCAGCAUGGCUUGCAGCAUUACGUUCAUAGUGUUUUCGGACAGCCACAUUGUCAUCUUGUGUCUUAUUGCGUUCUUUAUCUCCAUGCUCCUCUUAAUGCUGGGUCUCUACAUCCACAUGUUCGUUCUAGCAAGAAAACAUUCCCAUAUCAUUAUGGCCCAGCAAAAAGGAGUGCGAAGAGGAUUCUCUCCGCAUCAAGCCGUCGCCAAACUCCGAGGAGCUAUCACCCUGACUUUGCUGCUUGGCAUCUUCUUUCUGUGCUGGGGACCCUUUUUCCUCCACCUCACCCUAAUUGUGUCCUGUCCUAAGCACCCCAUCUGCCGUGAAUACUUCAAGUACUUCAACAUUACCUUCGUCCUUAUGAUUUUUAACUCCAUUAUUGACCCUAUCAUCUACGCGUUUCGAAGCCGGGAGCUGAGAAAAACCCUGAAGGACAUUGUGCUGUGUUGUUCCCAAUGACGGUACAAGGGGGAUGGAGGGGACAUCUGAACUUCUUCACCUCUCCUUCCCCCAAAAAUGUACUAUUGACUUUUCCGAGGUACACAAAAAAGGAUGCCACAGAGAGACAGCGGGUAAAUAACCAUUAUCACUGGGUAUCAAUUCAACUAUGGACAGAGAUAAAGUUACUUCUGAGGAUCAUGGUUGGCCCUGCAUUCUGCUCCAUCAUCUGCCUAGAAGGAACCCCUUUUUGACUCCAGCAGAUGCCAGUAUGAGGGAGAAGAGUCGCCUGUACAUAGGAAAUAAACUCACUGACCUGUCCGUGGCUACGGGUGUCCCGUUGAUCAUAUUUUAGGGUUGGGAGGGACCAUCUGAAUCACUGGAA